UGCGUGAACACAGGUCUGCCUGUUCCAACUACAAAUACUAUACAUAUCUUCUGUGGAUUACGCGAGUUUGCAUCGAUAUUCGACGAGAAACAUGGUGCUAGAGAUGGAAAUGUCCAAGACUUAUCAGUACCGCAAGGUGAUGAAGCCCAUGCUGGAAAGGAAGCGUCGGGCGCGUAUUAACAAGUGUCUGGACGAGCUGAAGGACAUCAUGGUGGAGUGCCUCACGCAGGAGGGCGAGCAUAUUACACGCCUGGAGAAGGCCGACAUCCUGGAGCUGACCGUGGAGCACAUGAAGAAGCUGCGCGCCCAGAAGCAACUGCGUCUGUCCAGUGUUGCCGCCGGUUCAGGAGGAGGAGUCGCAUCUGGAGCUGAUCCCAAGCUAAGCAUUGCCGAGAGUUUCCGCGCUGGCUAUGUUCAUGCCGCCAAUGAGGUGUCCAAGACGUUGGCUGCUGUGCCCGGAGUGAGUGUGGAUUUGGGCACACAGCUGAUGAGCCACCUGGGUCAUCGUCUCAACUAUCUGCAAGUGGUGGUGCCUUCGCUGCCCAUUGGUGUCCCACUCCAAGCUCAGGCCGAGGAUCAAGUUAUGGUCACACCUCCGCCCUCGGAAUGCGGCAGCCUGGAGAGCGGUGCCUGCAGUCCGGCUCCCAGUGAGGCCAGCUCCACCUCUGGUCCCAUGUGGCGUCCCUGGUGAGAGGUGUUGCCGGUCUGAAAUGGACCUGAAACUGAAUUGCCUUCAAAGUGGAAGGCUUCCUACAAAACGAUGCUUCGUCCUGUGAGAAGAGGUCUUCAUCAAAGAGGUGCUGGAACUGCCCACCUCAAAGACAGAGCUCGGCUGCUGGCCGGGAUUGGUUCCACCCAGCAGCCUGGAUAACGCCCUCUAGCAGAGCCUUCAAUUUCGGCUAUAGAGAGCGCUCGAGCUGUGAAUACUUGCAA